UAAAACUCCAACGAAGAAGAAGAAGAAGAAGAAGAAGAAGGAGCGAAGCACCAACGAAGAAGUGAGUCACAGUUAGCUAGCACAGCUAGCAGCUGUAGCAUUUUAAUGUUUUAGAAAACAAGUCUUAAAGAUGGAUAAAAAGAAGAAACCGUUCAGUGUGACUGCUUCAUCGCUGGUGGACCUUAAAGCUGAACUGUACAGAAAGCAGGAACAAUUCAAACAGGACAAACUUGGGCAUGAAAAUACUGGUGCUGGAUUCACAUCAAAAGCCAAAGUCAAGAAACCUAGUGUCUGGACCAAACAAAACGCUGGUGUUUCUGCAAGAUCUGAGAAAGAUGCAGAGCAGCUGGCUGAGGAGCAGAUCAGCCUGGAUACAUCAAAACGCAAGUUGGAGGAGAAGGCCAAACUCUAUGAGCAAAUGACAAAAGGAGACUUUCCAGAUGAAGAGACAGAGGGACUGUUCCUGGUUGAUUUCACCCAGAAGAUUAUUGACAAAAAGAGAGAAGCACUUGCACAGAAGGAAACAGAAAGAGAUGAUGAGGAGAGACACAACUCUUCUCCUGUCCCUCCUCCUCAACACCCAGAUGAGGAAUGGGUGGAUUAUGUGGACGCUUUGGGCCGAUCUCGAAGGUGCAUGAAGAAAGACCUGCCGGGUGUUAAGAGAAUGGACCAAGAUUUUACAGGAAAAGGAAACUCCUCAGAUGAGAAGGACUUACUCUCGGAGGACAUGCGUCGAGAGCUACAGAGGCAGGAGUGGGAGAGGGAGGAAGAGGAGGCCAUGAAGAGGCCUGUUGGGCCGCUCCACUACGAGGAUAUCAGGGGACAAGAGGCUCGGGAUCUCGGCACGGGUUACUUUUCAUUCGCUCAGGAUGAAGAGCAGCGUAGAAAGCAGAGAGACACUCUGGACAUGCUGAGAGACCAGACUACAGAGCAGCGCACUAAGAGGGAACAACUCAAGGACAAGAGGCAGGGCAUCCUGCAGGCCCGACUGGCCAAGGUGAGGCAGAGGAAGACGAAGAAGGCCAAGCUGGAUGGCACUGAGGAAGAGCAGAGAGACGCGGAGAAUGAAGGAGGGGAGGAUGAAGAUGAAUUAAUAGGACCCCCGCCUCCACCAGAGGACCCCCCAGAGGUCAGCACAUUGAAGAAGGUGGUAGUGGAGAUCCAGGAAAGGAAGGACACCAAACCAGGAGUUCCUCAUGUCAGAGAAUGGGACAGAGGCAAAGAGUUUAUGUUUAGUGAGUGGACAAGUCGGCGUCGCGAAGAGCGGGAGACAGAAUUCGCACCUCCCUCUGCGUACUUUGCAGAGGGGAAGAGAGAAAGACCAGGGAAGAAUAAAACUCCAAUCCAAUCCAAGAUGUCCUUCAAGUGGUCCAAACUCCCAGGAGGAAUCUCUGAGAGCAAAGAGGAACCACAAUCUCAGCCCAAAACUCCUCCUUCACCUCCUCACCCUCAACACAAUCCUCCACCUCAACAAAAUCCUCCGUCUCCUCAAAAUCCUCCGUCUCCUCAAUAUCCUACACCUCCUCAAAAUCCUCCACCUCCUCAAAAUCCUACACCUCCUCAAAAUCCUACACCUCAACAAAAUCCUCCAUCUCCUUCACAACCAGAGACUGCAUCGCAGUCACCUCCUUCAGAUCAGCCAGCAGAUUCAGAUCCUGUGUCUGCUGCUUCUUUUGAUCCCCAGUAUCCCACUCCUUCAUUUUAUCCUUCGUUUACUCCUCCUCAGUUUGCUGGACCAACUCAUCUGCUUCCUCCGUUUUCCCCACAGUACUCAAACCAGUAUGCACCCCAAUAUCCACCCCAAUAUCCACCCCAGUAUCAACCCCAGUAUCAACCCCAGUACCAACCCCAGUAUCAACCCAUGUAUGCACCCCAAUAUCCACCCCAGUAUCUCCCCCAGUAUCCACCUCAGUAUCAACCCCAGUAUCCUCCUCAGCAGCAGUCUCAGCCUAUAGACCUCAGCCAGGCCCAGCAGUCUGCAAAGAGUCUGGAAGACAUGCUGUCCUUCUACAGGAACAUUACCUGAUCUCUAAAAUAUCAUGUUCACUGUGUAGUUGGUUCAUAUUGGGAGUGUGAAUACGCUUCUUUCCUUUUUUUUAAAGGAAAGCACAGAAACAACAGAACACAACUUUUCAGCUCUUUAGAGAUUUAGAAUUUAAUAAAUAUAACGAUUGAACUGGA